CUUCGAGGCUCGAGCUUCUGCCUACGAAGGACAACCACCGCCGUGAUUCAAAGCAGGCGUCGGAGCAAGCGCCACUGUCGCGGGUUGUCGCCUCACCGUCGCGGGUCGUCGCCUCACCGUCGUGGGUCGUUCUAUUCUCUACUUCGAGGCUCGAGCUUCUGGCCUUCUGUUCUCUACUUCUCUUGCGAUUGCUGGCAUUCUGAAUUUAGAUGGAACAGUCAAAUGAUCAGCAACAACAACAUAAUGCUGUACAAGAAUCUCAAACAGGUUCCUCUCGAGAAAAAUCUGAGCCGGCUUGGGAAUAUUUCACUGUGAAAUAUGAUAAAAAUCAUAAGGCACAAUAUACAUAUAUCUUUUGUUUGAAUACUUAUAAUCGAGGGGGAUAUAUAGGAUGAAAUAUCAUCUUGCGAAAAUUUCUGGACAAAUUAAAGUAUGUAACAAAGUCACUGAAGAAGUUGAACUUCAAUUCAAAAGGAUUCUGAUGGAAAACAAAAAAAAAUAAGAUGGAAAAAAGAAAAUUUGAGGAGGAGUCUUAUGGUGGGGAAGCACCUGCACAAGAGGCUGAAUCGCCUAACCCUGUACAAGCUGUUGUUCCUACAACAACGAGAGACAAAGGAAAGAGAAGAGCUGUAGUAGCUACACAAAUUGGAAGUUACUUUAAGGAAAGGACUACUCCAAGAUCUCAACCGACUUUGAAAAGUGUUUUGGCUAGUAAAGAAAUUGUGCACAAGGCUAAGUUGGGACUUGCCAAAUGGAUUGUUGAUGCACAUAUUCCUUUCAAUGCAAUUCAAUCACUUUACUUUCAACCUGCAUUGGAUGGUGUUGCUGUAAUUGGACCUGGUUUCAAGGGACCGUCAUAUGAUGAAAUGAGAGUUCAUUUGCUGGCUGAUCUUAAGAGAGAGUAUCAGUUGCUGGUUGAAAAGUAUAGGAGCUCAUGGAAAAGCACCGGUUGUACGCUGAUGGCAGAUGGGUGGACUGAUCAAAGGCAACGAACUUUAAUUAACUUUCUAGUUUAUUGUUAUGCUGGUAUGUCAUUUGUUAAGACUGUUGAUGCUUCUGAUGUGAUAAAAACUGCCAAUGCAUUGUUUAAUUUGUUUGCUCUUGUUAUUGAGUGGGUUGGGCCUAGUAACAUUGUGCAUGUGGUCACUGAUAAUGCUGCUAAUUAUGUAUCUGCUGAAAAACUUAUUCAUGAAAAAUACCCAAAUAUAUUUUGGUCUCCUUGUGCUGCCUAUAUUAUCAAUCUUAUUUUGAAAGAUAUUGCAAGUAUUCCUCACAUAGUUGACAUUGCUUCCCGUGCUUCAAAAGUGACUGUGUUUGUUUACAAUCAUAUGAUCUUAUUGUCUUGGCUUAGAAAAAGAAAAAGUUGGACAAAAAUUGUUCGACCAGGAGUCACACGUUUUGCCACAGUUUUCAUUACUUUGAAAAGUAUAUAUGAUCACAAGGAAGAUAUGCAGUCAUUGAUGGUGGACAAAUAUUUCACUUCUCAUAAGUAGCCAAAAGUGCUAAUGGAAAGAUUUUUAGUUCAAUUGUCUUGGAUAGUAAGUUUUGGCAAGACUGUGUUACCACUGUGAAAAUUGUUGGUUCUCUUAUUAAGUUGUUGAGGCUUAUUGAUGCUGAUGAAAAAUCCUCUUUGGGAAUCGUGUAUGAAGGCAUGCAAAGAGCAAAAAAUGCUAUCAAGACAAUGUUCAGAAAUUGAAAAGCUGCUUAUACGCCAUACACAAGUAUCUUGAAAAUGAGGUGGGAUAAGUAUUUGAAGCGUGAUCUGCAUGCGCCAGCGUACUUUUUAAAUCCAUGCAUUUUCUAUAGUGAGGGUUUUGUUGAGAAGGCAAAUGUUUUGCGAUCUUUACUUGAUUUGCUUGAUGUUGAAGCACUUUGUGAUGACUCAGUUGCUGCAAUGCAAGAGAUACAGCUGUAUCGAGAUUGUAAAGAAAGUUUUGGGAGGAAAAAGCUAAGAGAGCGGCAUCAAGACUCAAACCUGGUGAAUGGUGGAGGCUACACGGUGGGAGUGCUCCUAAUUUGCAAAAAAUGACAGUCCAUCUUCUUCAUCAAACCUCUUUUUCAUUUGGAUGUGAGAGGAACUGAAGCCUUUUUGAACAAAUCCAUUCAAAGAGGAGGUACCGGUUAGAGCAUUAAAGGUUCAGUGACAUUGUUUAUGUCACCUAUAACCUACGCCUUCAAUCUAGGUUGCAUCGAAAGAAGAGGAAUUAUGAUCCAAUUGACAUUCAAAGCAUUGACACGGUAGAUUUUUGGGUAAUGGCAGAUGAGGAUGAUCCUGAAUUUACUAAUUGAGAUAUUGAAGGCAUUGAAAGUUUAAUAUACACUGAUAAUGAUAUGCCUUCGUAUCCUAAUGAUGGUGGAGACAUGGAAGUUGAAGUGGAUAUGCCUGAUGUUGUAAUUGAAUCCUCAAAUACUUCUUUGGAUGUAUUUCUGAAGAUGCUGGCUUUGGAUUACCUGUUUAUGAUGGAGACAUCGGAACACUUAAUGAUGAUUAUGACUUCUGAUGAGUAGUGUCUUUAUUUAGUUGAAGUAUUGUUUGUUGAAUAUUGUUUCUUUUGGUUGCAAAACAUUGUGUUUGUCAUUUACGUGCGUUUUGAUUUCUUUAGUUAUAAACUUUGAUAUUUGAAAUUGUUUAUGACCUUUUAAUGAUAAAUUAUGUAUUGUUCAUUUUGUGAAAUUGUUAAAUUUUGAAUCUUAUUAGUUUAAAAAUGAUUGAA